UAAACAUUUAUCACCAGAUGAAUGAUGUUUUUAUACAUUCAUAUUGUCCUUCUUUUGGAGAUUCCAGCAGCAGUUCUGGGAGUGACUGUGAAUCAAGGUCCAAAGGUUUUGGUUAAGGAAGAGGGCAAAACUGUGUAUCUGCCCUGCAAAGCGACUGGUCUGGGCUCUUCAGACUAUAUCCAUUGGUACCAAAUGAAAGAUGGUGAAGCCCCAUCGAGGCUACUCUAUAUCAGUCAAAGAGGUGAUGUCACUCGUGAUACCAAUAACCCUCAAGCAAAUGAUUUCACAGUGGACAAAACAAAGCUUUAUGAUCUAAAACUGAGUGACAUUCAAAAGAGUCAUGCUGCCGUUUACUUCUGUGCCUACUGGAUCUACAUAAGCGGCAGCCACAACUUAAUCUGAGUGGGCUGGAUCAAAAGAUUUGGAUCUGGAACACGGCUGAUUGUAACCGAAAAAGGGAAAGACCAGGUCAAGGCACCAACGUUGUUUGGAUACCUUCCAUCAAAAAAAGACGAGAAAAAAAGUGACGGACAUGGCAAACAGACAAUGUUAUGCCAGGCUAGUGGGAUGUUUCCUGACUUGGUAAAAUUUGCAUGGAAAAAAAAAGAUGCAGGAAAAUGGGGGGAUGUAUCAGAAGGAGACGUUGUGGAGCAGAGGAAUGAUGGUCAGGAGGUCACUGUGACAAGUAUGUUGAUUGUGGAUAAAGACAAGGCCAGAAAUGAUGACUACCAAUGCACUGUUGUCCAUGAGGGAAAAACUAAGGAACUUGAAAUGAAGAGAGAAAACAGUAAGCCGGCAAAGGAAUCUAAAGAUGAUGAUCAGAUCACAGCAACAUGUCCUCCACUCAACACCGAGGAGCCCAUAAAAAUGCAAAUAUCAGGAGAUUCAGAGCAAAUACCAAGUAUGUUCCUGUUUGUCUAUGCAUACGGUGUCAUGCUCAUGAAGAACGGUUUAUUUUUUUGCGUUGUGUCUAUAUUUCUAUUACAGAGAAAAGCUGGAAAGAAAGACAAAAGCUCUGAGACCUAAUGCAUAAGAUAAAUAUCAAGCAAGCAAAGGUUUAUUAAAUAAAGCACAUUUCGCUAACUAAAGAAUAAAUGCAUAUCCACAGCAAUAUUAUCUCUGCUCAAAUGUAUGGCUUUUAAAUUUGUUGUAGACCUGCUUUGCACAAUUUAUUUUUGCAUCUUUAAAACGCAGUAUUUUGAUUUUUAAAAAUGUACAAUGUACCCAAAUUUAAAAUGUUUUGCUUUCCACUUGUAAUGUUUUUGUUGCAUUCUCAGAAUUUGUUGAAUAAAAUCUGCUCAUGAAAUAAACGUUAUCUUUA